ACACUACCCAAGCAACCAUUUUUUUACAGGUACUUUACCUUCCUCACUCUUAAUGGCUUCCCUCUUCCUCCCCAAGCAUUCUCUUCCCUCUCUCCUCUCCACUCAAAUUCCCAAAACCCCAUCUCUCCACUCCCUUCCACUUGUCUCCAAAUCAUCACAUUCUCAAUUUUAUGGUCUCACCUUCUCUUCUUCGCCCUCUCUUCCACUUCCUUCUUCUUCCUCUCCAAAGAAGGCUUCCAUUUUUGCUAAGGUUUCCAAAGGCCAAGUGCCCCCACCCUUCACUUUGAAAGACCAGGAUGGGAAGACCGUGAGCCUCUCCAAGUUCAAAGGGAAGCCUGUGGUGGUCUAUUUCUACCCUGCUGAUGAAACUCCAGGAUGCACCAAACAGGCAUGUGCUUUCAGGGACUCUUAUGAGAAAUUCAAGAAAGCAGGAGCCCAGGUUGUGGGCAUUAGUGGUGAUGACCCAUCAUCACACAAGGCAUUUGCAAAGAAAUACAGACUUCCAUUCACAUUGCUGAGCGAUGACGGAAACAAGGUGAGGAAAGAUUGGGGAGUGCCGGCAGAUCUGUUUGGAACAUUGCCCGGGAGACAAACUUAUGUUCUUGACAAGAAGGGAGUGGUUCAGCUCAUCUACAAUAAUCAGUUCCAACCCGAAAAGCAUAUCGAUGAGACCUUGAAACUACUUCAAACCCUUUGAGCCUUUCUUAUUGUAGCUUCUCUCCUUCCUUCAUUUCUGAUAAUUUUUUCAUUUUUAUCCCUCCCCACCAUGAGAUUUGUCCUCUUGAAGUUAAUUUAUAUAUAACUCUCUAUUGAACUUGUACUCUGUCUCACAAGUAAAUGAAACUAAAUAAAACUUUCAUUAUAUGGAAUGAAAACCCGGUAAUCUGCUUGACAAUUGCCUUCUA